AUGUCUCCUACACAAAUCGCACUAAAAUCAUUUGAUGAACUGAAGGAGGCUCUCAAUGGGGAACCCAAGAUCAAAGUUGCUGACUAUGUUAAUAGUGGAUGGGACAUCCAUGAUGCUGUGUAUUCGAAAGAACUCUUGAUUUCGAACAAGGCCAAUGGAUAUCGAGAUAUCACUGCAAUCAUAGACCUCUCCUCAUUCCGUCGCAUACCCUGGGAACGAAAUGUUCCUUUUUUCCUUGUUUCUUUUCUGGAUCCAGACACCAAAGCGCCGCUCCCGGUAGACCCGCGCGGUGUGCUCAAGUUGACCACAGAUCAAGCCGACAGCAUGGGCUAUCAGUGCUACUCAGGUGUCGAGACUCAACUCAACAAUGACUACUUCCACGACUUGUUCGACGAAAGCCUCAAAUUUGAUGUUCAGAUCGAAGGACACCAUACCGAAACUGGUCCAGGAGUUCUAGAGACCGCACUUGCUUAUACCUCAGCUUUGAGAAUGGCUGACAAUGCCAUUCUAUUCAAAUAUAUUGCCAAAAGUGUCGGUAUGAAGCAUGGUAUAAUACCCAGCUUUAUGGCCAAGCCAUGGGGUGGACUUCCUGGUUGUAGCGGACAUGUCCAUGUAUCGCUCAGAAACAAAAAAGGCCGAAACAUCUUUGCUGUCACGGACGAGGAAUUGAAAAGUGGGAGGCCCAAUGCCACUAAUGAAGAUACGAAGUUUAUCAGUCAGGAAGCGGAAUGGUUCCUUGCUGGAAUACUUGAUGGAAUUGCUGACGUCAUGCCUGCGGUCGUGCCUACUAUCAACGGUUACAAACGCCUCGUCGGCGGAGAGGCCUUCUGGGCGCCUAAUGCUGUGACAUAUGGCUACGAUUCUCGAGCAGCUUCGAUCAGGAUCAUCUCGCCGCCAUCUUGUCCACCUGCAGGGACACGGAUGGAAGUGCGUAUCCCAGGGGCAGACAUGAACCCUUACUUUGCUCUAAGCGCCAUAUUCAGACUUGGCUUGCGAGGCAUCAAUAAAAAGCUCGCACUCCCUGGCCCACCCAUCACUCAUUUUAGCCCGGAAGAUAGAAGCAAUGGAAAGAUCAAGAUGCUACCCACAUCGUUGGAGUCUGCCACUGCCCGCAUGAUGCGUCCUGAUAGCAUCGCACGUGAACCUGAAGUGUUUGGAAACGACUUUGUUGAUCAUUAUGGCGGUACUCGAGAGCAUGAAGUCAAGCUUUGGAACGAGGCUGUGACUAAUUGGGAAGUUGAACGAUACCUUGAACUUGCUUGA